AAAAGUAACGAAGAUAGACAUAUGAUUGCAGCGGAAUCGCACGGAAAAAAUUCGCUCGUGUGCAUCGGGUCUAAUUUCACGGUUGUGUCUUCACGAGCAGCUAAGCGUGGCCAUGUGUCAUGUUAGAUUCUAACCUUAAUCUCUAUAGCUAAUAAGUAUCAAUAAAUAUAUAUAUAAGUGUACUUUCAAAAUACGCAAAGUAUUUAUUUAUGAAACAAAUCAAAUUUACUACACUGCUGUAUUAAAGUCAAUAAUAUUUAUUAUACAAAAAUGCCGACUAUUAGCAUUAAACGUGACCUAUUAUUCACAGCCUUGAAAAGAACAUAUUCGGAUGAAGAAUUCCAAGAUUUGUGUUUCAAAUUUGGCUUAGAAUUGGAUGAAGUGACAACGGAGAAGCAAAUAAUAAUGAAAGAACAAGGUGUAGUAGAAAAUGCAGGAACAUCGGAGGAAAUUAUAUAUAAAAUUGAUAUCCCAGCAAAUAGACACGAUUUAUUAUGCUUAGAGAGUUUAAGUGUUGGACUUCUCAUAUUUUUAAAUGAGCUAGAUAUUCCACGAUACACAGCAAUAUUACCAAAUACUGGACCUCAAAAAAUUGUAAUGACAGAACAGUGUUUAAAAAUCAGAGGACACAUAGUUGCAGCUGUCUUACGUGAUAUUACAUUCACAAAGGAUUCAUAUGAUAGUUUCAUUGAUUUGCAAGACAAACUGCAUCAAAAUAUAGGUAGAAAACGAAGUUUAGUAUCCAUUGGUACGCAUGACCUAGAUACCAUUAAAGGCCCAUUUCUAUAUGAUGCAAAAUCGCCAGCUGACAUUUCUUUUAUACCUCUUAAUCAAGAUAAAGAAUAUACUGGAGAAGGAAUUAUGAACUUAUACGCUAAUCAUGCACAGUUGAAACAAUACUUGCACAUCAUAAAGGAUAGUCCAGUUUAUCCAAUAAUAACAGAUAGUAAUGGAAUUGUUUUAUCUCUGCCACCUAUUAUUAAUGGAGAUCACUCAAAAAUUACACUUGAUACUAAAAACGUACUGAUUGAAUGUACUGCAACGGAUCUUACAAAGGCAAAGAUAGCAUUGGAUACUAUAGUUUGUGCUUUUAGUCAAUACUGUAAACAAAAAUACACGGUAGAAACAGUAGAGAUCGUAUAUCCCGAUAAACGUGUAUUUCAUUAUCCGGAUUUGAAAUACCGUAUUGAGGAAAUUGAUUGUAAAAAAGCAAUGGAUUACAUUGGUGUAAAACAAACACCGGAAGAAGUAGCAGAUUUGCUUUCUCGAAUGUCGUUAAAGACAUUUGUUAAAGCAAAUAAUAAACUAGACGUUGAAAUACCUCCUACUAGACACGAUGUAAUACAUGCAUGUGAUAUUUACGAAGAUAUUGCUAUAGCAUACGGAUAUAAUAACAUUAAGAAAACUAUACCAUAUUUAUCUACGAUCGCGGAAGAGUUUCCGCUAAAUAAAUUAUCCGAUCAUCUGCGUAUAGAAUUGGCUUGUGCUGGAUUUACAGAAGCAUUAACUUUCUCGUUGUGUUCGCGUGAAGAUAUAUCAGAUAAAUUAGGUCAUAAAUUGGAAAAUAUACCGGCAGUUCAUAUAUCAAACCCAAAAACAUCAGAAUUUCAGGUGGCACGUACUACUUUGUUACCAGGUUUAUUAAAAACACUAGCCGCAAAUAAAAAGAUGCCGCUACCUCAUAAAUUAUUUGAAGUUUCCGAUGUAGUAUUAAAAGAUGAUACCGUAGAAGUUGGAGCGCGAAAUAAUCGACAUUUGUGUGUGGUAUACUGUAAUAAAUCUGAUGGUUUUGAAACGAUACACGGUUUACUGGAUAGAAUAUUACAAGUAUUAGAAGUACCGUGGAGUUCAAACAAAGAUGAAAAUGGAUAUUAUCUUCGCGCUGCCGACGAUCCGACUUUCUUUCCUCAUCGUUGUGCAGAAAUAGUAUGUUACAACAAGGUGAUAGGAAAAAUGGGUAUUUUGCAUCCAGACGUACUAUCAAAAUUUGAUCUAAGUAUGCCCUGCUCUGUAUUAGAAAUUGAUAUUGAACCAUUUUUAUAACGUGCACAGCAAAUUAUUUUGUAUUUAUCAUGGAUUUCAAUAAAUAACGUGUCUUUCUACUUUUAUGUAAGAACUUAAUAAAAAUGUAAAUAGUUUUCAUAAUGCAAUAUA